GGCUCACUCGUCUCUAUUUUGGCUGCUCCAUGCCUCAACGGCUAAAGGCCUGGUUGUAUCUUAACAGAAGUAAAAUAUCAUCUUUUCUCCAAAGCCGGUUUGUUCAAAUUGCUGUCGCCAAGCGUGUCGGCUGGGUGCUUGGCAGCUGUGGUGUCAAAAAUGCCUCGAAUUGUUUCUCCUCAUUUUGAGGGAUUAUUCACGCUACAGUACAAUCUUAUUUUACUUCGAUUUCACCGCCAGAAUCCGGGUUUUUAAUAGUGAAUAGCGCGUCGUGUCUUUUGAGGUUUGGACCCAAUUAAUGUCGCAGGAACGAACGAGGAAACAAUCAGCAAAAAACCAUAACAACCUCUUACAGAGAACGAAAGACGGCAACGACGACCUUCAAUUUCAAGUCAUUAUCUCUACCUUCCAAAUCUAGAUCUCCAUCAUGGCGCAAAAAGCUCAAAGACGCAAACACCAUACAACCAGUAGUUCGACGGCGCCAAAGGAGGACAUCGAAAUGGCCACGCCACCGCGAGUCCACGGCCACGUUGCAGAGGUUUCGGUGGAAACUAGUACUGGACGUUCGACGACCGCACAUCAUAACUUAUCGGAAACUCUGCACCACAUGCUACCUACGCAUAGAGUCAACCACAAGGGCUACAAAGUUACAAAGGGUAUUCAGCCUGACGGAGAAAGUGGUAGACGCGGCAUACACCCUUUCCAUUUCUUCAAGAUAUGCUGGACUUCGACCAGUGAUGCUUCUCGACUUGUCAACAUUCUGUGGCCUGUUGUGCCUGCAGCACUCGCCGUUCGAUAUGCGAGGCCAGACCUCAAUCUGGUGGUUUUCAUCCUCAAUUACAUCGCCAUGGUGCCCUGUGCGAAUUUAAUUGGCUUCGCCGGACAAGAGCUGGCGAGAAAAUUACCAAAGGUGUUUGGCAUAUUGUUGGAAACAACACUUGGAAGUCUUGUUGAGAUGAUUCUUUUCAUAGUCCUUCUAACAAGAGAUGAAUAUGAGGUCAUUCAAGCUGCGAUUUUAGGCUCAAUGCUAGCUACCUUACUAUUAUGUUUGGGAAUGUGCUUUUUUGUUGGUGGUCUGACACGAGAUGAGCAGGAAUUCGACGAAGCUGUUAGUGAAGUUGGAAGUGGACUGUUGUUAACGGCUGGACUUGGUCUCAUCGUGCCCGCGGCAUUCGCAACGGCCUUGUCAUUGAAACAAUCCACAGAACUGACAGCCGAAGUUAUCGCAGAAAAAGUCCUCAACAUUUCUCGCAUCACAUCCGUACUUCUUAUAAUUGCCUACGGUACCUACGUUUUCUUCCAGAUGCGAACCCAUCACGGCAUCUACGAUGCGAUUCUAGAAGCAGACGAACUUAGGGACGAGGAUCGUCAUAGGGAUUUGCAAAAAGACAAACUCACCUUCACUGAGUGUGUCAUUGCUCUUGCAAUUUCGAUUGCUCUAGUGACUCUCAUUGCCAUCAGUUUGGUCGAACAGAUUCCAACAAUUGUAAAAGAACAUCAUAUUUCUGAUGCAUUUAUGGGCCUUAUUCUUGUUCCUCUCGUUGAAAAAGCUGCCGAACAUCUCUCUGCGAUAGACGAGGCUUACGACAACCAGAUGAACUUUGCCUUAUCUCAUGUUCUAGGCGCAACGAUUCAAACAGCAUUGUUUAAUGGUCCUUUGGUUGUCAUCAUUUCCUGGGGGUUAAAUAAGGGAUUAGAUCUCGACUUUGAGGUCUUUCAGAUCGUUGUCCUGAUCCUAUCUAUUCUGGUUGUAGGAAAUUUCCUGCGAGACCAAAAGAGUAAUUAUUUAGAAGGAGCUCUGUGCGUGAUUGUUUACAUCAUCAUUGCAGUGGCGGCUUUCUUUUACCCUAAUCCGGAAGAACAUGCUGUCGAAGGCGAGGCGGCUGGUGCAGCCAUAGAGGCUGUUCGUCGUCUCCUUUAAUGUUAUACACGAAAAGAUUUUGGCCAGGAGUUUUAAAAUGUAAAUCUGAGCCUAGCAGUAUUGAGAUGUCUCCGACACGUACUAUUGACACCCAUCAUGAGUACGAUUGUCAGAAUGUAGAGUUUGAUGUAAAAUUACACAUAGGUUUCACAUUUUUAACGCUUUCUAGCGAUCAGUCACGAAUACUACA